UCAAGUAUCCUGCGAAGUAUCCAACGCGACACGUCUCCCAGCGCCUACUGCCUCGCUGCGUCGAGCCGCACCCCUCGCUUGCACCAUACGCCGCACCGUUCGCUUUUUAAAGAAGCGCGAAUCUCCCAUGAGAUAGCGAGCAGCACUCCGAUCCUUCCUCGGCUCUCCUUCAGCCCUAUAUUUCCUUCACAAUGCUCUUCACAUCUGCGCCGUCCCGAUGGCGGACGGCUCUCCUGGGCGGCUUGCUAGCCUCGCUGUCCUGGCUGCCGGGCAGCGCUGCAGACAAAAGCCAGGCCGAUUACUUUAUACACGAGCUGCCAGGAGCGCCAGAGCCGCUCCUGAAGAUGCACGCUGGACACAUCGAGGUUGACGCGGAGCACAACGGAAACCUGUUCUUCUGGCACUAUGAGAACCGCCACAUCGCGAAUAGGCAACGGACCGUCAUAUGGCUAAACGGCGGCCCCGGAUGCAGCAGCAUGGACGGUGCGUUGAUGGAGAUCGGGCCGUACAGAGUGAGAGAGGGCGGCAAGCUGGAAUACAACAACGGCUCCUGGGACGAGUUCGCCAACCUGCUCUUCGUGGAUCAGCCAGUCGGAACGGGGUUCAGCUACGUGAACACCGACAGCUACAUCAGCGAACUCGACCAGAUGACGAAUCAGUUCCUGGUUUUCCUGGAGAAGUGGUUUGCACUGUUUCCGGAGUACGAGCACGACGAUCUAUAUAUCGCAGGUGAAUCGUACGCCGGCCAGCACAUUCCCUAUAUUGCCCGAGGCAUCCUCAACCGAAACAAAGACGCCUCCAAGCAGCCCUGGGCGCUAAAGGGCAUCCUCAUCGGCAAUGGCUGGAUUUCGCCCGUCGACCAGUACCUCGCAUACCUUCCCUACGCUUACCAAAUGGGUCUUCUGCAAGCAGACACGGACGGCGCGAAACGCGUUGAAAAACAGCAGGCUAACUGCGUACAAUCGUUGAACAACGGUGCGAAGGACCACGUUGACACUUCCGAAUGCGAGGCCAUCAUGGUCUCGAUUCUGGAAGAAACAAAAGAUAGGAGAGCGGAUCGGAAUCAGCAGUGCGUCAACAUGUACGAUAUCCGCCUUCGAGACGACUCUUCAUGCGGAAUGAACUGGCCCCCGGACCUAACGACCGUCACUCCUUAUCUGCACCGCCAGGAUGUGAUCAAGGCCCUACACAUCAAUUCCGACAAGAAGACUGGCUGGACCGAAUGCAACGGAGCAGUCUCCUCUCACUUCCGUGCCCGCAACAGCCCGCCUACCAUCACCUUCCUUCCCGAGCUUCUCGCUCAGAUUCCCGUCGUUCUGUUCUCCGGUGACCAGGACUUGAUUUGUAACCACCUCGGAACCGAGGCUUUGAUUGACAACAUGAGCUGGAAUGGAGGGAAAGGCUUCGAACUUUCGCCUGGUGUCUGGGCUCCUCGGCGCGAUUGGACUUUCGAGGGCGAGCCGGCCGGUACUUAUCAGGAAGCUAGGAACCUAACCUACGUCGUCUUCUACAACUCCAGCCACAUGGUCCCUUUUGAUUACCCGAGGCGCACUCGGGAUAUGCUUGAUCGGUUCAUGGGCGUUGACAUCAGCGCAAUCGGCGGCGACCCCUCCGACAGCCGGAUUGAUGGCGAGAAGGGCCCGCUUGUGAGUGUCGGAGGACAUCCGAACUCUACGAAGGCGGAAGAAGACAAGACGAAGGAACUGAAAGAGGCUGAAUGGAAGGCUUACUACCGCUCAGGAGAGGUUGCGCUCGUCGUCGUCGUCAUCGUUGCCGGCCUUUGGGGUUUCCUCAUCUGGAGAGAUCGUCGAAGGCGAGCUGGGUACAAGGGCGUGGAUGGUGAGGAGGGCCGGGAGUCGCUGAUCUUGGGAAUGGGGCUCGACAACUUCAGGACCAGGAGCGGCCGGAGAAGGGACCUCGAAGCCGCCGAUUUCGAUGAGAGGGAACUGGAUGAUUUGGAGGACGGGUCGCGGCGGCCUUUGAACGGCCACACUCAUGGUAAAUUGGGUGAGAAAGAGAGGCUGCCACAGAAUGACUCUACGUUUAGCUUGGGAGGUGCUAGCAGCGAUGGGGAGGGCAGCGGAAGCGAAAGGGAUAGGAGAAUGGCGGCGAGGGAGAAGUCGUGAGAUUGAUUGCACUAUUGAUACUCUUUCCUACUGUUCGGAUACCUUGGGUAAAAACGCACCGUCGGUUCUGAAUAUUCAAGACGGGGCAGCAUUUUUCGGGCGUUCGGGCUUGGACCAUUUUUGGGGACACCGUCACUUUGUAUACGUGAUUUUAGGUCCGUAAAGAUUAAUGUCCGUGAAGCUUGUUGGACUA